CGCGGAGCCCGGAUGUUGGAGGGUUCACCGGUGGAGGCCCUUUGGGAAAUGAUUUCACUGGCCCAGCCGGAAGCUGCCCUUGCUUAAUACCCCAAAGGUUUGUGGGAUCCUGCAGCCAGUGCCAACGCCCUCCAUUUUCUGUUCCAGAACCAAUAGAAGAAGUUUGAGGUUUAGCAUCAAGUGAGCUUCUCAGAACAAUGCUGGCUACCCGGUUCUCCAGGUCUCUGGCGAGGCUUGCCAGGAACCCCUCCGGUUUCCUAAAUGUUCAGAAUACCAAAAGGCCAAGGCAAGAACUGCCCCAAACACAUUCCACCGUGGCUGGCUCAAAGGCCUUUGGGACCCAAGGAGGAGAGCCUCCCUCACAGCUCCACAAUAAGGCUGUGUUAGUCACCGGCUGCGACUCGGGCUUUGGCCUCUCCAUGGCCAAACAUCUGCACUCUCAGGGCUUCCAGGUGUUUGCCGGCUGCCUUUUCAAGGAUAAAGGAGAAGCAGGUGCCAAAGAGCUGGAUGCCAUGAAUUGUAGCCGGAUGAAAACUGUCCAGCUGAAUGUCUGCAAAUGUGCUGAGGUGAACAGUGCCAUAGAGAUAAUCCAGGAGAACCUGAAAGACCCCAAGAAAGGGCUGUGGGGGCUGGUGAACAACGCGGGCGUCUCAACCUUUGGCGAGGUGGAGUUCACCAGCAUGGAGACCUACAAGGAGGUUGCCGAGGUGAACUUGUGGGGAACAGUCCAGACAACCAAGGCUUCCCUCCCACUCCUUCGAAGGGCCAGAGGCCGGAUCGUCAACAUCAGCAGCAUGCUGGGCAGAAUGGCCAGCGCCGCCCGGUCCGCCUACUGCAUCACCAAGUUUGGGGUGGAGGCCUUCUCCGACUGCCUGCGCCACGAGAUGUACCCGCUGGGCGUCAGGGUCAGCGUGGUGGAGCCCGGCAACUUCAUCGUCGCCACCGGGCUGUACGGCCCCGAGCGCAUCCGGGCCAUAGCCCACAAGAUGUGGAACGACCUCCCCGAGGUGGUGCGUCGGGACUACGGCCGCGAGUACUUCGACGAGAAGGUCCAGCUCAUGGAGGCGUACUGCCGCAGCGGCUCCGCAGACAUCACGCCCGUCAUCGAGGCCGUGCACCACGCGCUGACCUCCAAGGCGCCCUACACCCGCUACCACCCCAUGGACUACUACUGGUGGCUGCGCAUGCAGAUCGUCACGCACGCCCCCGGGGCCUUCUCCGACAUGAUCUAUGGCCACUGAGGGCCGGCGCCGGGGCCAAGCAGAGCCUUUGCUAGCUCCCCUGCCUCCGAGUGUCUUUGCCUCGGGGGUCCGGCCGGGAUCGGAGCCGGGGGUGGGAUGGGGGGCGGGCUCCGGGAGGGAGGACGGGGCUGGGCUCCGCCGGAGAGAGACCCCGAAAAGGCCGAUCCUGGGCGGGCGAGCGAGCAAAGACGCCGAACCAGUCCUGGGCGCCGUUCCGAGCCAGAGGUCCGGCUCUGGGGGCAGUGGCUGCUGGGGACUCAUCCACUCGCUCCCUCACUCAUUCGUUCCUUCAGUUUAUCAAGUGCCUACCACCCGCAGCAGCACCGAGCCGGGCCCAGCACAGAGGAAAAGAAUUCCUUUCACUCUUAUCCCCCCCGCUUCACGUGGCUAAUUGAGAGCUGACUGCCCCAGGUGAGCCCUGGUAGAUGUCAGGUCACAGUCAUUUCAGCCUAGAUCCUCUGUCUCUCUUUCCUGUCCCUUCCCCGCCCUCCCCUCCCCUCUCCUCUUCCCUCUGCUCCCCUCUCCCUCCCCCUUCCCUCCUUCUCUCUCUGUCUCUGUCUCUCUGUCUCUCUCUGCCUCUCUCUGUCUCUGUCUUUGUCUCUCUCUGCCUCUCUAUGUCUCUGCUUCUCUCUGUCUCUGUCUCUGUCUUUCUGUUUCUCUCUGUCUCUUUACCUCUCUCUGUCUCUGUCUGUCUCUGUCUCUAUCUGUCACUCUGUCUCUGUCUAUCUUUGUCUUUGUGUCUGUCUUUCUGUUUCAGUCUCUCUCUGCCUCUCUCUGUCUGCCUCUCUCUUUGUGUGUCUCUCUGUCUCUGUUUCUCUACCUCUCUCUGUCUCUGUCUUUGUCUCUCUCUGCCUCUCUAUGUCUCUGCCUCUCUCUGUCUCUGUCUCUAUCUGUCUCUCUGUCUCUGUCUUUGUCUCUCUGUCUCUGUGUCUGUCUUUCUGUUUCAGUCUCUCUCUGCCUCUCUCUGUCUGCCUCUCUCUCUGUGUGUCUCUCUCUGCCUCUUUCUCUGUCCCUGUCUCUGUCUCUCUCUCAUGCAUCCAGCACUGGAUGGAGCUGCUCCCUCAUGACUGAUUCAGUAGGUAGGCCUCCCAGAGGCAGCACUCAGAAGGGGUGAGCCCAGUACCCAGCUCUCUUCAGUGUGUUCAUCUCUCCUCCUAGAUUCAUCCCGAGUCUGAGAUGUGAUCCAGAGGUGGGGGUGGAAAGGACAGUGGUCAGGAGUUCGAGGGAAGGCCUUCUUCUCAGUCAAACCCUGUGCUUCCCUCCCCUAGCAGCUGCCAGGCUCCCUCAUGGCUACGCCAGAGCUAAAAGAGAGAUAAAUUUGGUUGUAUUGCCACCCAGAACAAUGACCUUCUCACCCAUUGUGGCAGGACUAUAUGCUUUCUACCUCCAGGGAUGGGGAGAUCACUAUCUAGCAAGGCAACUUGUGAUUAGACAACUCUGGAAAGUUCUCUCUUCCUUCCCUGGACCCUGCACUGGCCACCUAGUCGUCCCCCAGAGUGCUGCUAGGUCUGCCCUCCAGAAGCCCUCCUAUUGUUUUUGGAGGCUUACAUCUUUCCCACCUCUCCAGGUGCCUGGGGCCUGAAGGCUGUCUCAGACCGGGGGCACCAUGAGCCAGGGCCAUGGUUGGAGGUCCUUUAGGGAGGCCCUGCCUGGGGCCCUCACCUGUGACCAUGGGGCCACCACAAGUGCUCCCCCUGUGCCAUCUGGGGGCAGUGGAUUCCACUUGUCAGCUAAAUCUCUCGAUGGGGAAAUACCCAGCCCAGCCCAGAGAUCCUGUCUGCCAGUCUGUGUCCUCUUCCCCUACUUCAUGGAAGGCUCCAGCACCACCCCCCUAGGAGGAGUGUCCUGGGCUCCAGGGCAGUUCUAGAACCUUGAUGAGGCUGCUCUGCCCUCCUGAGCUUGGGGCCUAGCUCUGCCCCUGGGCCUCUCCCACUUCAAGCCACUUGUCAGGUCUAUUGAUGACCACCAAGGCUGACUGAGAGGCAGGAGGCCAAGAUCUGAACCUCACCUCUGUCUCUGCCUCCUACUACCACUUAUGCCUUCUUCCCAGCACCUGGUGGCAGCAGUGGGGGCAGGGCAGAAUCAGGAUCUGUACCCAGAAUGAAUGGAGGGUCCACCCUGCUGCUGGGAGGGCUUGUACCCAAGAAACAGUAGCUGGCCUGGGCACCACUGAAUUGGGCCUCCUAGAGGACAUUCAGAUCCUUAGCCCAGCCCCUCUCCUCCUCGGUGCCUGGAGCCAGUGGCUUCUCCCCCUGGAAUGUGACUGGCCCUGAAUUCCUGGAGAGGCACUAGCCUGGGGGAGGCAGGCAGAGGGGCAGGCCCAGCCCUGCUCCCGUGAUUCUGGCCCUGCUGCCACUGGCUGAGGUGGAGGGACAGGAGGAGCCCCGACUUGCCCUUAGGCAAACCUCAGGGCUCCCCAACCUGGCAUCUUGCCUCCAGCCCUCAAAGGUCCUUCUGUUUCCUUCCAGAGAGAAUCCUGACUCAGGCAGCCUUGAAGGCAGUAAUUCAGGAAGCUGUAAUUAAAGGCAUGAUUAAAUUGAGGGAAAUGGA